AUGGUUUACCGAUAUGUCCUCCUCUCGCCGGAAUAUCUCGUCGUUCGCAAUCUCUACGAGCCACGGGCUUUCGUCCAUCUCUGCCGCUUCGAACAGAUGGAGAGAGAGGGGAGUAGGUUGAGACUACUUCUGGAGCGGCUACCCAGUGAUGAAUGUCCGCAGUUCAUGGGGCUACUGCUGAGCUGUCGCCGUGCCUACGAAGAGGGAAUCGACGUUUUCUACAAGGAGACAAGAUUCUACUUCGGCCACGGGAAAGCUCUCUCCCAACUAAUCAACUUCCUCCCUCCGGCCCGUCUGAACACCAUCAGACACAUCACCCUCGAGUCUGCUCUGUUCCCAGGCUUCGAUGAGACGAGAAGUUUGCCGAAAUGGAGCAGGAUGAUCCGAGCUGCAAAGCAGCUGCAGGGUCUGCGCAGUGUUACUGCGUACGUCUCACCGUGGCAGGUCGAGCAGACCGAGGAGAUGGUGAGAUUACUUGAAGAGGCCAACAUCCUGCGUUUGGAAAUCAUCUACGCGUAUGUUUUCCACUGGAGUUCAGGUUGA